GUUUUCAUUUUAAUUUCAUGUCUUGAAUUUUGUUUUGUCGGUUUUUGCUUCGAUUACAUGAAUGUCAUAUCAAUUUGAGUUACAAUUGUUUAUUGUAUUAUUAUUAUUUUUUUCUGCUCUCAUCUUCGUUGCUGUAUAAUUCGUGUGUCGUUCACAUAGUGUCACCCGAAGUCAUUCGAUUCCUAUUUUGCUGUUAUUGUUGUUGAAACGAUUUACAAAUCAUCGACUCUAGAUAAAAACAUCUCUGUCAGAUUGGGUGCUUGCCAUGCAAACCAGAGACUUAUUGUUGAAUUGAUGUGCCCUUUUUACGGAUAAACGCCCGCUUUUUCGACGAUAAAAUUAAUAAAAAAUAAUUAAAUCGCUUUUUAUGAGCGCCGCACUGAUUUAUUGAAGCAAAUUGGAAAAUGUGGCAGUGCCAUAAAUGUUCGAAACCAGUAUACUUUGCUGAAAGAAAACAAUCGCUCGGAUAUGAUUGGCAUCCGGAAUGUUUACGAUGUGAAGAAUGUGGCAAGAGAUUAAACCCCGGUCAACAUGCUGAACACAAAGGGAUUCCAUAUUGUCAUGUCCCUUGCUAUGGUGCUUUAUUUGGACCUCAGUUGUUUGGUCAUGGCACGAGGGUUGAAUCGCACAAAAGUUUCGGUGCAAAAGGAUCCACACCAAAAAUCAUCAAUAUUGGACAAAUGCCAUUUCCUCGCGAACAAAUCGAAACGAAGCUAAAACAGUACAAUACAUAUUUUGACAAUAAAAGCCAUGAAAUACGCGGUCGCGAAGUAAACGGACGAAUGGUUUUAGAAGGUGCUUUGCGUGUUUAUUGGGGCGUUCAAAAUAUGAUCCAUUUGAAGGAGGACGAUGAUCAACGCACAGUUGUUACCGUUCGAAAACGUAAUUCAUGUCGCUAUUCAAAUUCAACGGAUUUUAGUUCAGAGAAAAGUUUGCUAGUACAUGGUUCAUCUGUGAAAGAGAAUCUAGAUGUUAACGAAUCGGGUGAUGUGAGCACAUCAAGUUUAGUUGAUGGCGGUGAUACAAUGGAUAUUUCAAUGACUGAGAGUAUUUCGUUUGAUACAUGUAGUUUUAAUGAUGAUAUUAAUUCAUUGACAUCGGGACCGUCUUCCAAAGAGGUGUCGCCCGAUCAUCGUUCAUUCACAUUGCCCACAAAAUUGGAUGGUAAAGUUGGCGAACGAGAUGAACUUGAUGAAUUACUUCAAGUUGAACGUCACGUGGAUAGCAAUGAAAAACUUUAUCAAACACUGCCGUCAACCGUAUCAUCGCAAUCAAGUCCCGAAAAACAAUCAUCGAUUCAAUCAAAUGUUGCGUGCGUAUCAUCAUCAACACAACCAGACGAAAUAUCAAAAAGUGAAUCGGACGAUUUGUCGAAAACCGAAACUGAUUAUAAGUCAUUUGAAACGAUGCACUCAACAACGGACGAUAGUACAUUAACAAAUAAAUCGACCGAUGACGAAUAUUUAACACCAAUGAACACCUUGAAACCAGUCGAUUUUGAUGAUUUCAAGCGACAAAUUCGUGCAGAAUUCAUACAAAAUACAAGCGAAUUACAGCAUGUAAAUGACGAUACGCUUAAAUCAAAACAACCAAUCGAUCCGUCACGCAUCAAUGAUUCUCUUAAACUUUACAGCGACAAUAUAAUGAGCAAAAGUUUUAGUGGCGAGUCAGCGUUUCGUGAGAUGCCAACAUCCAUUCACUAUCAGACGCUGAACAAUAAUAAGAGCGAUUCGUCAUCAAAUUGUACAAAUUAUGCGCUUAAAAAAUCGGGCUCAACAGCUGUGUCUUCCUCAUCUGAUCUAAGUGCUUCCACUACGGAAAAUGGUAUUAAUCGUUCACGAUCGGGACCAAAUUGGUAUCGAAAUCAUCAUUAUUAUCAAAAGCAACUUAAUGAUAACGACAGCGAUGAUAGUUCGGCCACUUUAAAACCAGCGACAAUGCAUAAGCGAUACAUUAACAUUAAAAUGGAUUGCUAUGACGAAAUUCAAAAUGGAGUGAGCAGCACAACUAGCGAAGCAUCAACAACUACCACAUUGACAACACCCACUUCACCGCUUGAUGACGAUCUGGACGACGAUUUAAAUGAAUGUGUUGUCGUUUUACGAAAACCAAAAACUGGCUCAACAGCAAUUAAAAGACGAUCAGGAAAUCGAAGAGCACGUGCCAAACUGAAGCGUCGUUGUUCAAUCAAUGGUCAUUUUUACAAUCGUGAAACGUCCUUCUUCACACCGCCGCACGGUUCACAAAUGAGCGUUUGGGUGACAUCGCUUGUUAGUACACAAGAGGCAGUCAAUUUACUAUUAGAAAAAUAUAAAGUCGAUAGUCGUCCAGAAAAUUUUGCUCUUUUCAUAAUCAGAGACAAUGGCGAGCAACGUCGUUUAAAAGAUGAUGAAUAUCCACUUUUAGUGCGUAUCAUGCUCGGUCCUCAUGAAGAUGUGGCCCGUUUAUUUUUAACCGAUGCAUAUAAUACAUCUGAAAUUAGCUGUGAAGUUGCUCAAUUCAUAAAUUUGUCAAUCCAAGAAUGCCGUUCCAUUCUGGACCGAUACAGCGAGGAACAGGCGAGGGAGGUUCAAAAAAUCAAAGAAAAAUACGCUGAUUUACGCCAAAGAAUCGUUCAACGCAUGGAAUCGCUCAAAGUCCGUUUGUAAUUAAACAUUGUUCAAGAAGCGCGGAAAAUUUACGAAAGAGAGAGAGAGAGGGAGAGAGAGAGAAUGGGUUUAAGAGUGAGAAGAAUAAAAGUGACCACUUUAAAUCUCAAUAACUCGCCAAGUUGCUAAUAGAUACUAUACAGAUUUUAUUGCCUGGAUGGCAGAAUGCAUUUUGUUUAAGUCUGCAUCCACGAUGUAAUAAUGAAUUUAUAAAGUACGUAACUAAUUUCUAGUCUAAGAUACUUUUUUAAAAAAUAGUCAAAAUUUUUAUAUAAAAUAAUCGAAACAAAAUCAAUCAUAUCGAAUGAAAGCAAAUAAAUUUAGCAAUAACAAAUUCGAGACAAGACAUAAACGAUAAGUCACUGAACGUCGUGAAAAGAGCUUCGAAUGAAAAGUGAGUAUGUGUACUGUUGUAAUAGAUACAAUAAAUACGAAAUUCAAUAACUUCGUUGACAAAUACAUUAAAUAA